AGUGAGAAAGAAAAACGAAAUAAGAAAAAAGAAGACGAUAAGAUGAAAAAAUAAACACGAAAGGAAAGAAAUGUGACAGAAAGAUACGAAAAAGAAAACAGUAGCAAGUCAUGAACUACAACAUGACGCAGGAGGUGGAGGUGGAGGACCUGGUGGAGGAAGAGGAGCAGGAGGACUGGAAGAUCAGGUGUGAUGACGACUUCACCUGUACUGAUCUCACGGACCAACCUGGCGCCAGCAUUGUUUCACCUGUCGUGCUUUGUCUCAGCGGUGUCAUAGGUCAAGUAUGGGCGCUCUACUAUCUCUACACACUCAAGAGACCCCAACACUCCCGCACCGUUUUUUUCACCUUGCUCAGCACCUUGAUAUGGACAGACUUAGUGGGAAAGUUACUCACCACAGCUCCUGCCGUCGCCGCCUACGUGAAUGAGGGAUGGCUGGGAGGGCGGUCCACGUGCAUGGCCCACGGGUUCGUCAUGGCUCUUGUUAGCCUCUCCACUCAUCUCCUCGUCUCGACCAUGGCAGUGGAAAGGCUGCUAGGCACCACGCAGACUUACUUCUACAACAAGAACAUCACUGCUACCAGAACCAAAGUGUUGCUCGCUUCCCUGCUCGGCGGCGCUACGACGUUCUGUUGUCUGCCUUUCUUUGGGAUCGGCCGCUACCAGCUUCAAUACCCUGGUUCAUGGUGCUAUUUGGAUUUCCACGUCACGUCAUCCUUUUUCUUCUCGUAUUCCUCUUCUUAUGUCUUUCCCUCGUCCAAUUCCUCAUCUUCGUUUUCACAUAAUGUCUCUUCUUCCUCUUCCUCCAACUUCUCAGCUUCGUUUUCUGUUUCACCUUCCUCAGUUCUCAGUCCGAAUACAUCCUCUUCUUCCUUUUCUUCUUCCCCUCUGCAGCACCUCAUCUUCACCAACUUCUUCGGGGUCGUCUCUGUUGCCUGUCUGCUGGUGAUGGUGGCUUGCAACCUCGUGGUGAUGUGGGUACUUGUGGAGAAGAACCUUGCAAGAAGAGGAAAAUGUGAAGCCACAGUGCAGUGUCUGAGGCGUUGCCGAGGCCAGCGGUUCAGGAAACACUUGGUGGCACCCAGGAGAAGCUCAAGCCACCAGGAACUUGAGACCCAGAUGGUGGUGGUGCUGCUGGUCAUCACGGUGGUGUUCGUGCUCUCCUGGUCUCCUAUUGAUGUGCGGCUGUUUCUGAACCAGCUGUGGCCACACCGAACCAAGGAAGAUCACAUGAAGGACCUGGUGGCUGUUCGUUUCUCUUCUAUCAACCAAAUCGUGGAUCCAUGGGCUUAUAUCAUUAGUAGAAAGGUGUUUCGGCCCAGUGCCCUCAGGUGGGUGAGGUCAUCGGUCCUCAGCUCCCUCCUGGCAGGAAGGGACAGAAGUAGGCGUGGCGCAGCAGGUGAUGGCUCCCCAAAGCAUCCCUCCCCUUCAGGUGAGGGCAGUGGCAGGAGAGGACAGGUCCUGAGAGGCACACCUGUAGUCAUGGCAGCACUCACAAUAGGAGAGCUGGCACAGGCACCUCUCCUGAGCACCACCACCACCACCAGUGGUGUUGAGCUGAGGAACCCUGCCACCUGCCCCCCCUGUGGUGACCUGAGGGGUGGUGAUGUGAGCCUGGCCAUCAAGAGGUUCUAAGACUCUCUCUCUCUCUCUCUCUCUCUCUCUCUCUCUCUCUCUCUCUCCUUCUUAAUGGCUAGAUUUGAACAUUAGAUUAUGCGGGAUGAAAAUAUUUGGACACCAUCCUUCCUCCCUCAUUGUCAUUCCUUAGAGAUUCUGAAACUA